CAGUCAGUUCAGCCACUUCCUGUGAUCAGAGAGGGGAAAACAUUUAGCUGGGGCAACAACUAGAGGCAACAGAGUGAGAUAAACAGAAAGAAAGAGAGAAAAGUGUGUUUAAGUACAGACAAAAGGAGAGAGAGAGAGAAGUGUGUUUCUGCUGUUUCUGCUGUUUCUGCUCCUGGUGCCUGUUUCCUGUAGAGAUAUGUUCACCGAACCUGUCGUCUGUUUUCUCCUCGACGGGAUCCUGAUUAUUUACUGCAUCGUGGUCACUGCAUUGUUCUUUAAAGAAAAGCUCUCAUGUGGACCUGUUGAACCUGAAGAUAAAGGCCAGAUUUAUCAGGAGCUUAGGAGAUCGAUGGAUGCUGAUCCGUAUGAGAUGCUUGAACCAUCAAAAAGAAAAAAAAGGGCCAAAAGGAGAAAGAAACCUGAGUCGACGCAGCCUGGGCAGAGAGAUGAUGAAACUUUCAUCAGCACAGCUCCACCUCCAGCUCAGUCUCCUCCCUGAUGUCCUGCAUCAGAACUGCUUGGUCAACAGGCUUCACAAUUCAUUGUAGCUGAGAUUAGAUUAUCAUCUGAUUAAUCAGUCAAUUAACAGACAAGCUAAGCGUCUACUAUUUUACGAUAACAUAUAACAAAAAUAUAUAUAUAUUGAGAGAAAAUGCAAAAUUCUUUGCAUCCAGCUUCUAAAAGGUGGAAAUUGUAUGCAAUUUGUAUGUGAUAGUUGGCAGUUUGUUCUCUAUUUUCUCACAUUGAAGCCUACAUGCUAAAUAAGUAAAGAAAAUUAAUCAAUAAUGAUCAAUAGAUCAUUUCUGGUUUGAAGUUUAAAACCAUGGUAGCGGGUCAUCUGCUUUGAGCAAAAUGCUGAUGCUAGCAUUUGCAGUUUUGUGGCAUUUCCAAAGGUGUAUACACAUUUAAUCAAUGUUCAUAAAGCACAUUCAUAAUAUAGUUGCAAGUAAAUAUACAAGUACAUUGAGUAGUUAUUAAUAGAUUCAGUAGUAUUCGAAAACUGAGACAUAUGUAUUAUUACAUCCAUGUUAAACUGUAUUGUAAUCAAUAUCUUUAAAUACCCCAGCUUUCACAACACAAAUUCUUAAGAAGAAAUAUUGUAUACAAAAAAUGUAUUUACUGUAUUUGUAUUCAAUAAAUUCUAAACACACA